AUGCCACCGCCACCUGUGGCAACAUGUCUUGCUUUUCACCCCCGAGAUGACAGUAUAGUUGGUAUUGGCAUGGACAAUUCCACCAUUGUAAUAUACAAUCUCCACUCAGACGAGGUUACAAGGAAUCUUGAGGGUCACGCCAAAAGAGUCACUAGCCUUUCCUUGAGGCCAUUGACAACAAUUGUCACGCCAAGGCAUUAG